UACGACUCGAGGGGGAGAGAAGGCGGCGCUUUACGGCGGUGCUUAGCAACCGAAGGAGAAUGAGGUGGGCGCGACAGGCGUCAGCCUCUCCCUGGCCCCUGUGAUUGCACCUGCCUAAAAUGGACCCCGUUGUCCUUAGUUACAUGGACAGUUUGCUAAGACAAUCGGAUGUGUCGUUACUGGACCCGCCCUGCUGGCUUAAUGACCACGUCAUCGGGUUCGCCUUUGAGUACUUUGCCAGCGACCAGUUCCGAGACUUCUCUGACCAAGUGUGCUUCAUUGGUCCCGAGGUGGCCCAGUUCAUCAAGUGCGCUACCAGCCAGGAGGAAAUGGGCAUCUUCUUGGAGCCACUGAACCUCCCCCUGAAGAAAGUUGUGUUCCUGGCCGUCAAUGACAACUCCAGUCAAGCUGCAGGGGGCACCCACUGGAGCCUUCUCGUUUACUUCCGGGACAAGAACUGCUUUGCUCACUAUGAUUCCCAUACGAGGAGCAAUUCUGUCCAUGCCAAACGGGUAGCGGGGAAGCUGGAAGCCUUUCUUGGCAAGAGAGGCAACGUUUCUUUUGUAGAGGAGAAGGCUCCUGCUCAGCAGAACAGCUAUGACUGUGGGAUGUAUGUCAUCUGUAACACAGAGGCGUUGUGUCGGGCAUACUUCCAGGCGCAGCAAGAGCCAAUCUUGCAGAUCCUGACUCCCUCCUAUAUAACACAGAAGAGGGAAGAAUGGAAGGAUCUCAUUGCUAAGCUGUCUCGGAAGUGACUUGCCCUUCUCCAACCGUUGCCUCCCUGCCCUGACCCUGCAGAGAGAAUAUCUUUGCCUUUGUAUUUCUGCUCUGCCUCACUUGGCUGCUGGGCAAAGUCAUAGGAAACUUAAACGUCCUCUUCUCUCAGGUGGGCAGUUGUAGCUGGGGUCAUUUUAAAAAAAUUCCCCGUAGCCAGAAGAUUUUCUGCAACAUGUAAUUCUCUAUAUGCCUGUGCAAUCCGUUUCAGUGGAUUCAGAAACAUAUUUCAGCUUAUUUUGAAUGGUGGGCAGGUUUCAGCAGCCCUCUUCCGAAAUCACGCCUGAACGUCUGGAAGUGAGAUAAAGUGAUACAAAUGCUAUAACAGCAGAACAACAAUUAUCAUUAUUGCUUUUAUUCCUCCCUGGGGAAGGAUUAGAGAAGGGGGCUUCUUGGUUGUAUAUAGUGCUUUGGCUACCUUGCAGAAACAGUACGGGGCAUGGGAGGAGCGACACAGCAGAACUUCAAUAAAUGUAAGAGUUGACAGCCAAGAUAAAGUUGCUUUUUGUUCAGUU